GGAAAAGAAAUCGAUAUGUACGAUCGGAGUUAUACGUAAAAGAAAUUGUCCCGAUCAGACUUUAAAAUGUUAUAUACGUUUAGAUAAAAGGAAGAAUGAAUGAAUGGUUGUGGUCGAUCGUAACGAAAUGCAGUUCUCGAAGGAUGCAGUGUUUGUGAUGCGUCUGCGCGUGAAAAGGCUUAAAGAUCAGCAAGCAGGCAAGCAAGCAAGUGAACAAGCAAGUGAACAAGCAAGCAAGUGACUACCAAGUGAACAAGCAAGCAAGCAAAAUAACACCACCAGUAAUAGAAUCAGUAUGAUCAGUAGAAAGAUACAGAGGGCCAAGGAGGAGUUGUUACCCUAAGGAUGAGGGAAACUUCCUAGUUACACUCCUGGCCACCCUUCUCUUCUUCACCUUCCACCUAACCCAGCCGCCCUCCUACGGACGAGCUAAAGAAAAUUGCGUUUUCCAUUAAUCGGUGUUAACAGCAGUAAUAACAGCACAAUAACAGCAGCAUCAGUAACACGCAGUUAAAAAAUCUAACUCAAUGAACCCUUUGUUGAAAUCUAACGUUCAUUUCAAACGAAACAUAUCCGAAAAAAUACAAAUCUUUAUAUCAUUAUCGUUAACAUCAUCAUCAUCAUUGUCAUUAUCAUCGUUGUCGUCAAUUCAAACGUAACAAUAUUUUCUCAAUUUGUUAUCUGAAAAAGUGUACCCGGAGUUUUCAUCAAGUCGUCGAAUGUUUUGUUAUCGCGCGUGUCAGAAUACAGUGGAAAGUUAUUGAUUCUCCUUUACCUGGUGGAAACGUGCAACCAAAUUGAAAGUUCAACUAUUAACAGUUCAUAUUUUUUCGAAUAUAUAUAUAUAUAUAUAUAAUAAUAUUAUUAUUUUCGUCUAGUUAUUCUAAGGGGAUUGAAUAAACUUCAUUAAGUCAAGAUGAAGGUUGGACUGUUGAAAAAUUGUUUAUGCUAUUUCACUCUCCGUCAAGGUACCAUUUUAAUUGCAAUAACGGAAUUGUUCAUGUCCGGAUUUAUUAUUUAUUUUUUCGUCCUGGCAUUGGCACAUGCUAUGGGAAUUCAAGAAAUGGUGGCAAGAGAUACCGAGGAUGCACUCGAGAGGGAAGCUUUGGAGGAUAUAUCCUCGAAUUAUCUUAACACUAAAAAAAUGGACAUGGCUCAUCACAAUGCUACUGAGACCAUUUAUUCUAUUUAUUGUGGAUUAACUAUCACAGUGAUACACUUCAUGACUUCGAGUCUGCUGCUUUACGGUGUAAUAAAGAACAAGCGUUAUUUUAUGACACCUUGGAUGAUGGUAAUGAUGACGACAAUAUCGGCGUUUACACUAUCCUUGUUCCUUGUUGAACAGGAUUGUACAUUCAUUGCUAAUUUCGGUGGCAAGGUAGACAUUUUCGAACGUGUGAUCGUGUUGUUAUUUGUUAUCACGUUUUCCUAUUUAUGGUUAGUCGUGUAUAGUACGUACAAGGGUCUUGAAAUAAAAAAAGGAUUAACGCACGAAGUACACAGUGUCAACAAGAAAGAUCCAUUACCGAUUGCAGAGGGUUCGAAAUCGUUUCACGUGGCGGCUAAUAAACCCAACGAGGUUUAAAGUUCUUCUCUUUUCUUCUUUAAGAAAAAAGAUGUGAAGAAUAAGUAACAAAACCGAAAAAAAGAAGACGCGCACACACACACACACACAUACACACAUAUACAUAUAUAGAUAUACACAUCCAAAUAUAUACAACGAGAAAAAAAAUCUGAUCGGAGGAGGAUCGUUCUAGCAUCGAGAAAAAAAAAAAAAAAAAAAAAAAAAAAAAAAAAA